UUGUUUUGUCCAAAUGGACAUCGACCCAAUCCUCAAUGGACUAAACGCUGCCCAAAGAACAGCAGUCACAAGUCCAACCUCAGUUCUCCAGGUCCUUGCACCCCCCGGCUCCGGCAAAACCAAGACCCUAACCGCACGCGUCGCGUACUUGCUAUCCUCAAAGCACCAUGGAUUCCGGCCUCAAGACGUCAUAUGUUGUACGUUCACGAUUAAGGCGAGCCGUGAAAUGCGCGAGAGACUGUCGCAUUUGAUAGGUGAUCAGGUAGUUUCGAAACUCGUCCUAGGCACUUUCCACUCGAUCUGUCGGCGAUAUCUGGUAGCGUAUGGGCAUUUGAUUGGGCUGAAGAAGGGGUUUGGCAUUGCGGAUAGCAAUGACAGUUUAACAAUUAUCAAAAGAAUCAUCAAACGCUUGAACCUCAAUAUACAGCCCAACCCAGCACGAUCGCGAAUAUCGAGUCAAAAAGCACAGGGAAUUUGUUGGCAGGACCUCGACAAUGCACGCCACUCAAAAAAUGUGGAACAACAAGAAUUCGUACAGGUCUAUCGCGAAUAUGAAGCUGCGUUGGCAAGCUCGAAUCUGCUCGACUAUGACGAUCUCCUCUUACGUUGCGUUGAUCUCUUACGAAAACAUCCGCAGUGCGUGUCGAAUGUGCAGGCUGUACUUGUUGAUGAGUUUCAAGACACGAAUGCCAUUCAAUACGAGCUGAUGAAUCUAUUUGCUGCCCAGAAUAGAAGGAUAACCAUCGUCGGCGAUCCAGAUCAAAGCAUCUAUGGAUUCCGAUCUGCAGAAACAAAAAACUUGGAGCGCAUGCAGAGACGAUAUCCUAAUACCUCUGUGGUCUUGCUGGAGAAUAAUUACCGAUCUUCAGGUUCGAUUCUGCGAUCAGCUCAGCAGGUCAUUGAGCAGGAUGCAGCUCGACCGGUUAAGAAGCUCCAUCCGACACAUGGAAUUGGCACUAUGCCAGUUCUACGAAAAUUACCCACAGCAGCUGCAGAAGCGCAAUGGAUGGUGGCGGAGAUCAGAAGGUGUAUUACAUUGACGGGCCAGUUGUUGAAGCCGUCUGAUUUUGCGAUUUUACUCCGCUCAGCCGCUCUGUCGCGACAAAUUGAGUCCGAGUUGGGGAAACAGGGAGUGCCCUAUCGCAUGGUUGGGGGAUCCAGAUUCUUCGAUAGAGUUGAGAUUCGACUUCUACUUGAUUAUCUUCGUGUGAUCAGUCAUCCUGAGAAUAAUGAUGCCCUUGCUCGAAUCAUAAAUGUUCCUACGAGAAAGAUUGGGGAUGAAACAUUGAAAAAUUUGACUGUGGGUGCCGAAAGUGCAAAACUAUCGCUGUGGAGCUUUAUCAAAGAUGUGGUGCAAGGUCGUAGGUCUUGCCAGAAGAGUCUUUCCAGACCUGCCAAUAUCGGGCUGUCAACGUUGGUUGGUCUGAUCGAGGCAGCAAGGCAAAAACUGCACGAUUGCGUGGAUGAAUCUUCUCCCAGGACCUUGCUCGAGUUUGUCAUUAGUAAACUGGGAUUCCGGGAAUACCUUACUGCUACUUAUCCUUUAGACGAAGAGAACAGAUGGGCGAAUGUGGAAGAAUUUUUAGCGCAAGCCGGCGAUUCAUCGGCGUCUUACUCUCAGCAGGACGACGUUCUUCCCGAAAUCGAGGGCUUAGAACAGCAUCAAGGCCAUAUAGGAGAGGAAGCACUGUCGCGAUUUCUCGCCAAUGUAGCGUUGUCAACAGAAGUCACGACGGAACAAGGUGAUCAGCCACAGGAGAAAGUAACCAUCUCCACAAUCCAUGCAGCUAAAGGAUUAGAAUGGCCUGUCGUGUUUGUCGCCGCUGUCUAUGAAGGGAUCAUACCGCAUUCCAGAGCUGAAGAUAGUGACGAGGAGAGACGACUACUUUAUGUAGCUAUGACGAGAGCGCAGGCGCUUUUGUAUCUUAGUCUCCCGCGUCGUGAUUCUAAGAAUGGUGAAGAGACGAGGCCCAGCUCGUUUUUGCCUCCUAGUAUAGCUGAAACUAAGUUCCGUGCUGUCGGACCGAAGUUCGUUGACAAGACUAUCUUCGGCAUCGCUGAUAUUCUUGGCCGCGAGCAUCCGUCUCAAGAGGCGAUAAUCACAGGUUUACAGUCCGGAUUACCUAGUCUUAACGACGACCUCUGGACGCACAAUGACGAGUAUACCGGUGAUAAAGCUAUGAGAUGGGAUGGAUCGCAAGUGUUGUCAUCACUUGAUGGCCGUGGUCAAGCACAAGAACAUUCGGCCAAGCGUCGACGACUAAAUGAUCGGACUGUUACAGAUUCUGCAGGUUCAACAUCAGCAUCAGGGUUUAUUACAACGACGUCCUAUACGAUGAACAACGCUUCCGGGUAUUCAGUAUCGAGUAGCACAAUGUCAAUGGGAUUUUCAACUGCAAGACAACAUAUGGAAACAGCGCCGCCUGCUCCUAUUCACAACGACCCAGUCCGUCCUAUACAGAAGAAGGCAAUCACUUCUACGUCUCGCAAGAGUGCAUCCGCACCUCCGGGGCAAGGGCUAUUGCCCAGCUAUUUCGGCAUCAAAAAUACGAAAGGGCAAACCACACUGGCUCAUACUUUGAAUGAGGAUAAGAGGAACUCGCUCGUGCAAGUGAACUGUGAACCGCCCGCUAUCAUAAACUCCAUUGCUAUGGACACUCAAAAAAUGAGCGCCGGAAACUAUCGUAUUCAACCCCAGCGAUAUAAACCACCACGCCCUGUCCCACUAUCUGCCAAAGAUACCAACCCUUAUACGUGGUUACCACAAUCGGACAAAUCCUCGCCUCAAUCAAAAUCAACAUCUGCAUCUACAUCAAUAGGAGAUACGAAAAAUCCUAGCAAUGCAAUCAGUAACCGCCCAGCAACCACGUUCCAUACGACAACAACAAUGAUGAAAACCACUAUGAAUCAACUUUUAUCCAAUGAAAAUUCUGGUGGAUAUGGUGUUUCUAUGGGACGGAAAACAUUGGGUGUACGCCGGAGUCUAAACAAUGGUUGGGCAGAGAGGAUGAAUUAUCUUGACAUCGACUUUCAAUAUACUGCUGUUAAGAGUAUUGCCACUGUGCUAGGAAGACGCCGUGGCCGAGAUGCAUUCCAACAUGAUAUCAAUAACUGA